AUGCCAUGUUUUUUACCAGUGGCUGUGUCCCAGUGGAGCCCCACAUUUGUAAAAGAGCUCCUUCCUGCUGCCGAAAAGACAGCUCUUCUUUACCAUCUCUCUUACCUGUGCCUGGCCAACUUCCCCAUCCUGGAGAGAAUCAUCAGGAGUCGGGCUGUGGAAACCCAGCUUCUGUUCGGCUCCUCUGAUGCAACUAUGUUGAAAUGUAUUUUGACAAGUGAAAACCUGGUUCAGUCACUGUUUCCAAUGUUGACGAAAGCUGUGGAGAAAAAUAAGCCAGUUUUGGCAGUCAAAUUUCUAGGGAAAGCACGAGUCUGGAUCAAAGAAAUUAUCACUGAAGUGGAAAGGAUAGUGGAAAAGUAUGCUUUACACAACAAAGAUGUUGCAUCAUCCACCAGUGAUGUUAUCAAGGAAAAAUUAGAUACUGAUAAAAAGAUUACAGAACAAGACCAUGAAAUGAAGCAGACUGAAAAUACUCUGAAUGAUCUCAAAUCAAAACUCCGAAAAAACACUGAAGAGCUUGCUGAAGUUGAGAGAAAGAUAAACUGCAAAAGCCAAGAUAUUCAAGAAUUUGCCAGAUCCAUAACCCAAAAAAGUAAAGGCCUCGGCAUCUUUGCUGCAAUUGUUCCAUUUAUCGGACCAAUUGUGAAAAGCAUUUAUGAUGCUGUACAUGAUCCUGAAGAUAUUGCCCGUAUGAAGGCUCUUGAAGCUGAAUUGAAUAACCUCAUUGCUGAUAAGACUGCUCUGAAACAAAAGCAGUGGCAGCUCGAACUCCAGGUCAUUGAUUGGCAAAUGAAGUUUGCCAGAGCCAAUUUUGACAGGAAUUCCAUACCCGACCCAAUCCAUCUAAAUGAGGUUCAGAGCAGCUUGUCAAAAAUUCAGGCAAUUCUGAUUCAGCUGAAAAACUUCUGGGAGAAUGUUGCUCAAAUGCUGGACUACCUGGAACAAAAGACCUUUGUUGGAGAAGAUCUUAUUGAAGACCUUGCCGAACUAAAAGAUGAAUUUCUAGAAUCGAUCAAAACAGCCGAAGGGGCUUGGAGCAGUUUUGGUGAAGGAUGUAAAAAAGCAUCUUUCAUCUUCAAGCUCCAAACCAAAGAUGCCUACAAGUUUCUGGAGGAAAGAGGGACAUCCAUCUGUUUCCCUCAGUUCAAGACCCGCUGCUGCUGUGGUACGGAGGAGAGUGAGCUCGAAGAGCAGGAGAUGUCUGAGGAGUGUGAACAAGCUGAGGCUGAGCCUUCUCAGUCCUCCUGCCCUGAGUAUGUGGAGCUGUUAGAGGUUAUGGAUCGCGCCACGGGCCCUGAAUGCCAGGCCAGAAGGUCUACAUUGAAGGAGAAGAAGGCCUACAUCCCGAUAGAGGUAAAUUAUGAAAUGGUGGAGAGAACUGUGGCUUCGGAAGCCUUGACUACUAGCCUUCAAGACCUGCCAAAGAUGCACAAAGUUGUUGUGGAGCAUGUAAAAAAGGUGAGGAAGAGGAAGGCUCUGCAGGGCCAGGAGAACAGAUAUAAUGUUGGAGACAAAGUUUUACGCAAAAAUGUUUGUGAAGAACAGCGAAAGGGAGGAAAAAUGGGAAGUGCCAUGUUUGGCCCUUUUCCAUUAAUUAACAAUGAAGGUAAAAGUGUGGACCUAGUUUCUGAAAAAGUAAAGGCCACAUUGAAGGUAAAUGUGGACCACCUUACCCGCUACACUGAGCCAGAACCAAGGUUGCUGCACAAAUGGCCUAAAACUGGCCCUACCAUUGUCAUUCCUCUCCAGUCCCCACCUACAUCCCAUGAGCCUGAGAGACCCCAACAGACACUUUUCUACAGCACUCUUAUGUAA